AUGGUGGAAUGGGAGCCAGUGCUACCCAUUGGUUGGGACCACAGAAACAGAGCCUUCAUGCAGGCCCUGAUGGCCCGCGGCUUCAUAACACUCGGCGAGGGCAAGUCGAUCAUUGCCGCGAUCCUGUCAGCAGAAGACGACUCGGCUCGUAGGGUCACUCCUGAUUCGAUCGACGACAACACAUUCAGACAGUAUAUCAGCAAAGCACGCGAGGCCGUGGCAUCGCUCGACUACGAUAUCCGCAACACGUACCACCAGGUCGACCGGCAGCAAAUAUGGGCGCUCAUUAACGUGCACAGUGAUCCCAGCACCCAACUGGCGACCUCGCGGACUCCUGACGAGAUCUCUUUCAUCAAACGACUGCUUGAUGCCAUGUUUGAGACCUACAACACGCCCAGGCAGGAGGUCAUGGCCGUCACAGCGGCGCAGGCCAGGAAAGUCGCACGACCAGCGGCACCAGCCCAGGACGGCGAUGCAGAUGGGGAGGAGCCUGCACAACGGACCGCAGACAGGGCCCUGAAGCACAGCGAGAUCGAGAGGCUACUGCCCAGUCUGGUCGCCGAGGGCUGGUUCGAGGAGAGCGACGAGGGGUUCUACAGCCUAAGCCCGCGCUCACUCAUGGAGCUCAAGACGUGGCUGGUGGCAGCCUACAACGACCCUGAUGUCGGUCCCAACCACUGGCAGCGCAUCAAGUUCUGCGAGGCGUGCAAGGAGAUCGUGACGAUCGGGCAGAGGUGCCCUGAGCGAGACUGCAACGCACGGAUUCAUGACAUCUGCUCGGAGGCCUACUGGCGCACACGUAGGGGCGGGCGCACGUGUCCCCGGUGCGAGACGGAAUGGACGGGCAUGAACUACGUUGGCGAGAGGGCCGUCACAGAAACAGCUGCGGCACACCGCCGCGUCGGCCGGAAAAGGAGGAGCGAUGCGAACGGAUCGAUGGUGAAUGAUGAGGCAGAUGAGGAGGUCGACAACGAAGACGACGGCGCAGAGUGA